AUGACUCCUAAGUUGAAAGACCCAGAGAGUUUCUCCAUACCCUGUGUAAUAGGAAAGUUUAUCAUAGACAAAGCACUAUGCGACUUACGAGCCAGUAUUAGCUUAAUGCCCUUGUCCAUAUGUGAAAGGCUUAAAAUGGGAGAACUAAGACCUAUUAGGAUGUCCGUACAACUUGCAGAUGGUUUUGUUAAAUUUCUCGUAGGUAUGUUAGAAAAUGUUCCGAUACGUAUAGGUCAAUUCUAUAUUCCUACUAAUUUCAUAAUCAUGAAUAUAAAAGAGGAUUCCAACAUCCCUGUCAUAUUAGGAAGACCAUUCCUAGCCACUGUCGGAGCUAUUAUAUAUGUUAAGAGAGGCAAGAUUACCUUUGAAGUUGGUGAGGAAAAAGUCGAAUUUAUUUUGACGCAAUUCUUAAAGGAACCAGCUAUAGACGAUACAUGUUGUCUACUGGAUGUCAUCGACGAGUGUAUAAGAGAAAUGGAGAAUGAACAAACAUCAUACUCAAAAAUACAGAAAAUUCCAAAGCCUCAUACUUUUAAAGAUGAAAAUUGGAGUAAGGAAUACCCAGAUUACAACCUAAGAGAAUGCCUAGAACUAACGCCCGAUCAUAUGCCUUGCCCAAAGAAACCAGCCCUAGAACUUAAAACGCUACCCAAAAAUCUAAGGUACGAAUUCCUAGACACCGAACUCGAGCGACCUGUAAUAGUCAAUGCAGACUUAUGGUAG